AUGGACUGCAAAUUUUGCUUGGCUGCUUUUUUGGUUGUUGUGUGUAGCUGUGUAGCCACUGAUGUUGCGAUAACGCUCACCACAACGCCAUGCACAGAAGAUACUGCAUUAGUAUGUCCAAACAAACUAGGCGAUACCGUAUGCGAACGUUUCUUUGAAAAACCCACUAAACUCAGUAAUGGAUGGAUAGUAGAUGCGAACUGUACCAAACCUGGAUACAGAAGCCUGGCAUCUCAGUGCCGUCGAACGUGUAUGACAUGUUGUAGAGAUCCGGCAUACCGAUGCGAAAAUAACAAAUAUUCACGUCUAAACUGUGCAGAAAUAGCUCGAGCUGGUGGUUGUGAUACUGAAGUGCCGUGGGUGGCAGCGAUGUUAAAGCAGGAAUGUCCACAUUCGUGCGGUUUAUGCGAAAUUUCGUUUUGUAGUGACAAGAGUGAAAUGUGUCCUUUAUUGUCAGAAAUAUGUAACCACAAAAGCUGGUUUCAUUUUAUGGCGGAAAUGUGCCCUCGAACCUGUAACAACUGCAACAAAAACGGGAAACCAACCAUGCCGAAAAUAGCUGACUGGCCAUUAAAUUUACAUUAA